UCUCUCUCCUCCUUUUGCGUUCUUCUCGUGCAGUCCCAACAACCCCACCCCAAGCUUCAUCUCCAAUGGCGUCCUCCUCCUCCACCACCACCACCACCACCACCACCACCCACGCCUGACCUCGAAACCCUAGAGAGAGAGAGAGAGAGAGAGAGAGAGAGAGAGAGAGAGAGAGGAGAGAGAAGCGCAUCUCCGCCUCCGGAAUUCGCCGUCGCUUCCGGCCAUGGACGGCAGCGCCUACGGGAACUCCUCGUACCCGGACUCCGGCAACUCCUCGCCGCGCUCCCGCGACGUCGACCUCGAGAGCUCCUCCUGGGACGAGCCACCGCUCCCCAACAGCUACCGCGUCCGCUUCAUGUGCAGCUACGGCGGCAAGAUCCAGCCCCGCUCCCACGACAACCAGCUCGCCUACGUCGGCGGCGAGACCAAGAUCCUCGCCGUUGACCGCGCCGUCCGCUUCUCCUCCUUCAUGUCCAAGCUCUCCUCGCUCUGCGGCGGCGCCGAGGCCUGCUUCAAGUACCAGCUCCCCGGCGAGGACCUCGACGCGCUGAUCUCCGUCACCAACGACGAGGAUCUGGAGCACAUGAUGCUGGAGUACGAUCGGCUGUGCCGCGCGUCGGCCAAGCCCGCGAGGCUGAGGCUCUUCCUGUUCCCGGUGAGCAGUUCGGCUUCCGCGAGUUUCGCGGACGGCGAGGGUAAGUCGGGGAGCCAGUGGUUCGUGGACGUCCUGAAUUCGGUUCAGAUGCGGAGCCUGGAAGGCUCGUCGCCGCCGGAAUCGACGGCGGCCGUGGCGGCGCUGAAUCCGGACUUCCUAUUCGGCUUGGAGAAAGGAUUCCCGGCGAGGAAGCUGCAGGAUCCGCCGGCGAUGGCGGCGGCGGCGGCGGCGGUUCUCGAUAGGGACGUUACGGCCGGAUCAGACUGCGGAUCGGAGGACCAGCACGUGAUCGGAGAGCCGGUGAUUUCGCAAGCGGAGAUUCACCGCCAGAUUCAGGAGCUGCGGAGGAUGCAAAUGGCCGGACACGAGGAAGUUCAUUUGUUGCAUAGAAAAGUGGACGAUGCAAUUGUCUACCCUAGAGCUUCCGCCGGUGACUACUACGGACACCGACCGCCCGAGAAGGUAGCAUCGCCGGCUCCGGCGCCGGUGGCUGUUCCGGUUCCGAUGCAGAUUCCGGCCAGUUUCCCGUCGGAGCGCCACAUGACAAGCGGAGGUUAUACUAUUGCGGGAGCCGGAAAUGAGCAGCCGGUUUAUUAUGUACAGGCUCCGGCAGGCAGCUACAUGGGGGCACCGCAAGCGAUGCGUCCGGUGACUGGACAACCUGGCCAGGCGGGUUUCUACGGAGUGCAGAGGGUGAUGCCGGAUAUCUUCCGGGAGCAGCCGGUGUACAAUGCAGUGCCACAGGCACCGAUUCAGCAGCAGCAGCCGCCGAAGCUCAUGGGUUACAGCACGGAGGGAAUACAAGUGAUGCAGGCACAGCCAAAGGUCCAGGUUCCCGAGCCGGGUUUCCAUCAAAUGGUGUAUGACGGGUCGGGUCGUCAGGUUUACUACACAGCCAUGCCGGGAUCAAUGGCGCCACCGUAUCAAGCGGCCGCCGACGGGAGGCAGGGGGGCGGCGGUGGCGGCGGGGCGGCGAACCAGGAGGGCGGCAAGGUUGUGGGAAGGGGUGCUCAAUCUUCUUCGAUAUGAUAGAAGCUAUUGUCUAUAUUGGUGAAUUGAAUAUAUGAACACCUUUCAAUAUUAAUCUUCUCUUAUUAAAUUA